AUGCGGCUUAUCGAUGUCAGAACGCUGGAGAUUAAGACAUUCGGAGACAAGCCACCGCCAUACGCAAUUCUGUCGCAUAAAUGGGGCGCCGAGGAGGUGACAUACCAGGAGUUCGUUGCGCAUCAAAAGCAAAACGGAAAAGGGUACCAGAAGAUCCUAGACUUCUGCCGAACCGUCCAAGAACGUGCGGUCAAAUGGGCUUGGAUUGAUACCUGCUGUAUCGAUAAGACAAGCAGUGCUGAACUGUCGGAAGCCAUCAAUUCGAUGUGGCACUACUACCGGGGCGCUGCAUAUUGUAUCGCAUAUCUGGAAGACGUCUCAUCGCUGCACCAUAUAAACGAUAUGUACAAGAGCGAAUGGUUCACGAGAGGCUGGACAUUGCAGGAGCUGCUCGCCCCUCGGUUGCUGGCUUUCUGCAGUUCGGAUUGGAGCCGCAUUGGAUCUAUGCGAGACUCGGCAGUCGUUCGGGCUAUCGUGACGAGAGUGACCGGAAUACACACCAAGUAUCUCACAAAUCACAACAGCAUCAGUAACGCUUCUGUUGCUCGGCGGAUGAGCUGGGCUGCCCGCCGGAAGACCACAAGGGAAGAAGACAUGGCUUUCUGUCUCAUGGGCUUGUUCAAUGUGCACAUGUCUCUUCUCUACGGUGAAGGUGGGCGGAAUGCCUUCUACCGCCUGCAGAAAAAGAUCAUCAAGCAAAGUAACGACGAAUCCAUCUUUGCAUUCAACGCAAAUCACAUAGGCGGAAUACUUGCCGCUCGCCCGACAGCUUUCCGCGACAGCGGACCUGUUCCUGAACAGGGGGCAUCCUCGGACUGCAGUCCUGAAACUUGA